GAUGGGCAGCAGAAAAAUUGUUGUUUUACAAUGAUUCCUUGGACAUUUGUUACUGUUCUUUGUAUUUUACUUUUUUCAGGUACUGCACAUCCUCGUGUUGAUCAGCCAGAUAAAGUCAUAACUGUGGCACUUGGCAACACUGUGACUCUGCAGUGUUAUUCUGAUAAAGACAACAUAUUUUGGUAUAAGCAAAUUGCUGGACAACAACCUCGAGUCAUAUCAGCAUUGCAGAAAAUGUCAGAACCCAUUUUUUACAAUGAAUUCAAAAAUGAUCGAUUCUGUGGCAAAAGAUUGGGCAGAACCUCCAAUCUGACAAUUUCAGGCAUCAUUCAGUCAGAUGAAGCAGUGUACUAUUGUGGAGCAAAAGCAUUUUAUAUUGAGUUUGGAAGUGGAACACAUCUGAUCAUUAAAGGUCAACAAGAUUCAACGUCAAAGAUCUCAAAGUCUGAUCAUCUAAGUGACUUCACAAAAUGUCAUCAAAAAUGCUUUGAAAACAGUACAAAUCAAGUGAAGAAUGAAGAAAGGCUCUGUCCAGCAGUGCUUGGGUUGGCAUGUGCUUUGGGACUUUGUGGAGUUCUAAUCUUUGCUCUUGUGGGUUUUAUAUUUAAGAGAGUGCACGUUUCUGGACAAGACAACCAAGUGAGAGGUGCUCAGGACACUGACGAUGAGAAUUUGACAUACGCAGCCUUGCGAUUCAGUCAGAGAAAAAUUAAAUCUGGUGGGAGGAGAGAAAAAUCUCAGCAGAGUGUGAUUCUUUAUGAUUCUUUAUGAACAUAUGAUUCUUUAUAUGUUCAGUAGUUAUUGUCUGCCCUGUUGUGCUGUAUAUAAUGAAUAUAAAAUGGUGAGAUGUAUAAAUAUUGAGUGUAUUAUUUUUCAGGUUGUUUCAUUGAGAUUAUUUCAACAUGAAGAGUAUUUUUAUUAAUUGAUUAUCUUGUUCUUGUCCAUUCAUUUUUUUCUCCACUGUAUCCAAUCUUCUAACAAGGGCUCUGUUAUCUCUAGAUUCAUUUUACAGUAUAUAUGCUCAGUAACAUACAGAAACUGACCUACACUGAGAAAUAUUCGCUGAAGUUAAAUAAAUAAAUAAAAUAAAUAAAUAAAUAGUCCAAACCUCAUUUAUGUAAAAUUUCCAAAGGACAGUAAGCUGAGAUGCGUUGCUUAUAAAUUAUAUGUAUUAUAUGUAGCUGUUAUAAGUCUUAUUGCAAC